AUGCCUAUCAACGACUCCAGCUUAGCCUUACUAAUCGACGGCGACAAUGUUUCGCCAAAAAUCAUUGCUGGCCUCAUGGCAGAAGUCGCCAACUACGGAACCGCCAGCGUCAGGCGGAUUUAUGGGGAUUGGACCAGCCCAUACCUCAAUGGCUGGAAAGCUUGUCUUCUGCAUCACUCAAUAACGCCAAUUCAACAAUUUGCGUACACCACCGGAAAGAACGUCACCGAUGGCGCUAUGAUUAUCGACGCUAUGGAUCUACUUUACACUGGCCGUUUAUCAAGCUUCUGUCUGGUAUCAAGCGAUAGUGACUUUACGCGUCUCGCAGCCCGCAUUCGUGAGCAGGGUGUUACAGUCUACGGCUUCGGCGAACGCAAGACCAACAACGCAUUUAUUGCGGCUUGUGAUAAGUUCAUGUACUUCGACGUGCUGAGCGUAGAGUCGCAAGAGUUGGAGGAGCCAUCUCGUACCGAAGAAUUAUCCAAGUCAGGCAUGGUACCGAUCGUGGUGCGCAGCCAGCUGCCUAAAAGACCGGUCGAUUUUACGGCACGCGCUGGAAUACGUUUAGCGAUUAGCAACACCAGGGGGCAUGGCGAUAAAUGGGUCAAUCUGGCCGAUAUCGGAAAAUAUCUGAGAAAGAUAAGUCCCGACUUACAUGCACGCAAUUACGACUAUGAACGGCUUCGCGAGUUUGUUGAAGCGUCUGGAAUAGUCGAUGUCAAGUAUAAAAAUAUGGGUGACAAACCCCCAAUUGUCCUAGUCUGCCUUAAGGAGGAUCAAUAA